AUUGGCUUAAAUGCAAUUAUGGCUCAGAAAUAUGGGUUGGUUUUGCCGAUAGCAAUAAAACCUGGCAGGAAGCAGAACACAGGUGUCAAAGACUGGAUGCACACAUCUUGAACGAUGAUCAGCUAGCUCAUUGUAAUGAUAUACUUCAAGGCAUGGUACAGCAAGAAUUUCACUUGGGCCAUACGAAAUUGGUGGAUUCCGCGUCGUUUAGGGAUAUAGGCUUCGCCAUGGGUAGAGAUCUGAUGUUCAGGCCAGCACACGACAAUGGGCAUAAAUGCGCUUAUUACAAUGCCCAGAAUUACUUUGCUUUAACACAAUGUGAUGGACGUGGUGCUGGCCCAAAACGCUUCACUCCGAUAUGCGGGAGGAAUCUCAACAAAGGCUUCCCAAACACAACUUGCUGGAGUAACAACCGGUUCCAUCUGUUUCUUCUUCAUACGAUUGCCUUCGGGUCUCAUCACGCCCACGAGGUCUGCAGCAAUCUCGGAGGUUCUGUUCUUCGAGACGACUACCAUGAACUAAAGUGUGUGCAGAGUCUGUUGAGUGAGCCCCAGCAGUCGCACACCCUGCACAGCCCUGAACCGCCAUCCCCGGCCCGAGAUAACCUGGAAAUACAUGUGUACAACAGCAGCAGCAGCAACAGGGACGGAGAAGGUUGCCCCUACAUGAACAUGUCGAGCGGCGCUGUUGUCGUCAGGCCAUGUAACUUGGCGCGGCCGGUCGUGUGCAAGAUCACCCCGAACUAUCCGCAAGGAUACGACAGUAGAAGCAUCCGGGGAUCCAAUGGUCACAGCGAGAUCGACUGCAAGCCUGGCCUCCACAGGCACUGUGCCUCUCCGCCAUGCGUCAAUGGCCUCAGUCCUGCCAGAACUAGCGGACAGGGACGAGCCAGGGUCUGGAGCAAUCUGUUCACCUGCGAGAAAACAGCUGGUGCUUGCCGCAUUCACGCACCAGCAAACGGCUCCGCAUAUCCAUUACAUUCAACGAUCGGUGUUGACAGUCUGGUACACUAUCAAUGUAAUAUAGGAUUCACAUUGGUCGGAGCAUCCCGUGCAUCAUGCUUGCCAACGGAGCAACUCUCCGACGCUGUACCUGUGUGCGAACCUACGAAAUGUGUCAUUCAAACUCCUGAGUUUGGCAGAACGUGGCCAGCCGUGAAAGCGGUCGAUGCGGACGAGCAUGUGACAUUCGAAUGCUUCCAGGGGUACAGAGCGAUUGGUGCACGGAGCCUGCAGUGUCAGUUUUCAGGAGAAUUUGACUCGCCGCCACCAGUUUGCCAAAGUACAUCGACCAAAUGUGCCAUCCACGCCCCUCAGUUCGGCAAUGUUAGACCAAGCAACUCGCAUGUAGAAUCAGGCGAGGACGUGUCCUAUACGUGUGAGCUGGAGUACCGACUGGUAGGUAACAACAAAGCAACAUGCAAUAACAGCCGACUCUCCGCUAGCCCCCCGACAUGCCAAGCGACCAAAUGUGCCAUUGAAGCCCCUGAGUUCGGCAAUGUGAAUCCAAGCAGAUCGCAUGUAGGGUCCGGCGACAAAGUGUACUACUCCUGUAAGUUGGGUUUCCGAAUGGUUGGUAGCAACAGAUCAACAUGCCAUCUUGGAGAACUCUCCGCUAGCCCACCGAUAUGCCAAGGCCCAACGUUUCCAGCGGGCUAUGACAGCAGCAAUACGAUCAUUGAUCCGGUCCGCGGCACAUUCCGUUGUGCGGAGGGCUCACACGAGCAAUGCGAGCAGCCUCCCUGCGCCGGUGGAGAGAGGAACAACCCUCUCCAAGCUAUCAACGUGGAUGGACGCCAGGUCUGGAGCAACCUUCCACACUGCCAGGACUCUUUUGAAUGGCAGAGCUGCAGUGAAAAGACACAGAUUUGGAUAAGUCCGCCGGGUUCUCAGCAUAAAAACUGGAAGAAUGCCGAAAUGCUGUGCCAAGAAAGAGGUGGUGACUUGAUCGACAUAACACAGGUGGAAGGAUGUACUUCGAAGCUUGCUCGCUUCACUGAUGGCUUUCACAUUGGUGUCACGACGCUGGUGAGCGCCGCUAGUUUCAGAAGCCUUGGGGACAACUUGAAAAGCGUUAACGUUUCUGAAUACCCACUCACUACCAAAUGUGCAUACGUGAACCUUGGUUCAAGCAAAGACACUACUCCCAGAAGCACGCUAUGUGACAGCAGCAAGCAAGCCGCUGAUGGAGACGGUGCAACCCUGAAGCUCUUCCGGCCUGUUUGUGCAAGGCCUGUCGGCACACCUGCCAUUGCCAGAUCCUGCUGGAGUGGCGGCCAUCUUCGCCAGUACGUUUUCCACUCAAUCGCCUUUGGAGCAAACCACGCAGAAGAGCUGUGUAAUCGAGCCGAUGGCGUUCCAGCUAGGCACAUUGCCGAUGAGCUAGGCUGCAUACAGCAACUUGUUGACAACUCAAUUCUGCGCGAUAAUGGCGUAAACGACCUGCGGAUCCACGUGACAGACAGGAACGGCCACCGGUCGGGACACAGGUGCCCGUAUCUUAACCUCCCGGACAAGAGCAUCCAGUACCGGGCGUGUGACAAAGCACAGCCAGUCGUCUGUGUCAGAACCCCGGCCUUUCCAGACGAUUACGACUUGACACAUGUCGUUAAGGACUAUGGCAGAUCCACAUUCCGGUGCCGAGACGGUUACAUUGGCAACUGUGACACGGCUAAUUGUGCCGGCGGCCGUGCAAAUAUUUCUGCAGUCACGAGCUGGCUUGAGGAUAGAAGUGAGAUUUGGAGCAACCUUCCUACCUGCAAACCUAUGCGGGAAAUUUCCGGCUUCUGCGAGAGUGAUAGUCAAAUCGGUAAAUACAUCUAUCACGCCAGUGUCGCUGACCAUGACGCAGCCCAGGCAGUCUGUGCUGAGUAUGGCACAUUCCAUUACAGUCGGCCCUCAGCCGGAGAAUGCGCAUCUGACUUAGUGAGUAACUCAGUAGCACUGAAGGGCCACAUCACUCCCAAUCUGAUGCUGCAUUCGGCCACCGUACUCCUCAAUGGAAGCUGCGCGUUCAGGAAUCUGACCAGCGACUCCCGAACAUUCGGUGCCUGCAACCUGACACAGCCAGUCGUUUGCGGAAUAUUCCCGCUCUUUCCAGCUCAUUACGCCGCUGAUCUCGUCGAGUGGGACUUCGAAACGUCCGCAUUCCUCUGCGUGGAUGGCUUCCACACAUCGUGCAAUCGACGUCCAUGCGCUCCUGGCAGUCAGAUCACCCCGGCGACCUUCGCCAAGCAAGACGGCGGAUCCGUUGUCUGGAGUAAUCUUCCUACUUGUCGCAGAAACCCUAUCCACAAAACGUGCGGUCAAUUCAACUUGACUGUCCACUUUGGAGAGCUACCAUCACCGCACUCGCGAGUGCACUGCGUGAGCGAAGCUAAAGUGCUGAUGGUACUAAAACGGCACAGGAGAUUGGAGAGGAGGUUCUUAUGCUACAGGGAUCUGAUGCUGAAGAUCCGCAAUCUGGGCGUAGGCACUCUGCACAUCCUAACUAAGAAGAAGGAGGUGCACAGCGAGACGUUGGAAGACACUGCAUCAGCCACGCCGUCCGGAGGAGUAGCCUACAUCUGCACUGGUGAAACUUCUAACCGAGCCUGACGAGGCUUGUAAUUCCCCGGCGAUGAAUAUGAGCACCGUCUGCGCCGAUAUGGACAUGUUCUGGUAACCGCGGAUUGUGUUCGCCAGCCCGCUGUUGCCAGCGACACAUCCGUGCAAUGCACUGGUGUUCAUGAUCGAAAACCCACAACGAAACGAACCUGUUAAUCUCCUCACUAUACUUUUCUCUUUCUCUUUUUCCAUUGAAUUGAUCUGUGAUUGUGUAAAAGUAUUUAUUAACUUCUUUUUUUCACCAGACUCAUGUUUGACUAAUUGUUUCAAGAAAUGAAUCACUUGAAUGCUUUCCCCUUAAUCAGCUGUACCUCUCUGUAGCUCUAA